GGGGAUGCCCCCCUGCAAGCGCGGAGACUAGCCCGGCCGCCUGGUGCAUGGCCCAGCUAUGGAGGUGGUGGACGAGACGGAGGCUCUGCAGCGGUUUUUUGAAGGCCACGACAUUAAUGGAGCUCUGGAACCAUCUAACAUCGACACUAGCAUCCUGGAAGAGUACAUCAGCAAGGAGGACUCACCAGAUAUCUGUUUCCCUGACAUCCCUGCUUCAGCCAGCUAUGCACACCCCCAGCCCUCCAGCUCAACCACUGUCAACGCGCCUCUUGCCAGCUCCAUCGCCAAUGUGACCAACCCCGCUUCCAGCGGUUCCCUCCACCUUCCUCCCCCGGGCAACCAGAUCCCAAUCCGGCAUGGUCCUCUUCUGGCCAACCCUUGCGGACCCGGCUACGGUGCUCACCUCAACUGCAAUAACAACAAUGGCAUGGUGGUGCCCAAGGGCUACCUUGGCGGCCACUGCCUAAACAACGUGGUCCCUCCAAUCAAAUCGGAGCCUAAGGCCUCCUACGCACCUGGCACUUUACCUGACUCUCCCCCGGACUCUGGAUCAGAAGCCUACUCCCCUCAGCAGGUGAAUGAUCCACACCUCCUCCGGACCAUGACCCCCGAAAACAUGUGCCACAUGACCCCCCCUUCUCGCCUGGAGCACCCUCCUCCGCCACCUCCACCACCACCCCCCCACCUUCAGGGUCCCCCGCCGCCGCCCCCCCCUCACCCGCACCAGCAGCAGCACAACCCUCACUACCCCAGCCUGCAGCGGGACAUGUACAUGAAGGCUGAGCCCCUGAUGCCACCGUACGGCAUCGGGCAGGGCAUGGCACCCGCCGACCUCCACCAUGCCCAGCAGUCGCAGAUGCUGCACCAGCUACUCCAGCAACAUGGAGCAGACCUCCCGGUGCACCCUGCCAAGAAGAGGAAACACUCCGAGUCGCCCCCCAACACCCUCAAUGCACAGAUGCUCAACGGGCUGAUAAAGCAGGAGCCAGGUAUGGGGUCCGUGCCACUCAACCCUGACAGAGUCCAAACGCCUCCCUGGCACCAGCCGGGAGCGCUCUCACCAGGCCUGAUUCAAGAUAAUGACAGUUUGAAUGGCUCCUACUUGGAUCCCAACUACCAGUCUAUAAAGUGGCAGCCACAUCAACAGAACAAGUGGGCAACUCUGUAUGAUGCCAACUACAAAGAACUCCCAAUGCUCACGUACCGCGUCGAUGCUGACAAGGGGUUCAACUUCUCGGUGGGUGAUGACGCCUUUGUGUGCCAGAAGAAGAAUCACUUCCAGGUCACGGUCUACAUCGGCAUGCUUGGAGAUCCCAAGUAUGUGAAGACCCCCGAGGGCCUGAAACCCUUAGAGUGCUUCUACCUGAAGCUGCACGGAGUGAAGCUAGAGGCCUUGAACCAGUCGAUCAACAUAGAGCAGUCCCAGUCUGACCGCAGCAAACGGCCCUUCAACCCCGUCACGGUCAACCUGCCUCCAGAGCAGGUCACCAAGGUCACCGUGGGACGGCUGCACUUCAGCGAGACCACGGCCAACAACAUGCGGAAGAAAGGCAAACCCAACCCGGACCAGAGGUAUUUCAUGCUCGUGGUAGCCUUGCAGGCACACGCGCAGAACCAGAACUACACUCUGGCAGCCCACAUCUCUGAGCGCAUCAUCGUCAGAGCCUCCAACCCUGGCCAGUUUGAGAGUGACAGCGAUGUGCUCUGGCAGCGGGCACAGCUCCCUGAUACUGUUUUUCACCACGGUCGGGUUGGCAUCAACACGGACCGCCCCGAUGAAGCCCUCGUGGUCCAUGGCAAUGUGAAGGUCAUGGGUUCUCUGAUGCACCCUUCAGAUGUCCGAGUGAAGGAGGACAUCCAGGAGGUGGACACCACAGAGCAGCUGAAGAGGAUCUCCCGUAUGCGGCUAGUACACUACAACUACAAGCCUGAGUUUGCGGCCACAGUGGGCAUUGACAACACCUCUGAGACAGGUGUCAUUGCUCAGGAGGUAAAGGAGAUCCUCCCUGAAGCUGUGAAGGACACCGGGGACCUGGUCUUUUCCAAUGGGAAGACCCUGGAGAACUUCCUGGUGGUGAACAAGGAGCGCAUCUUCAUGGAGAAUGUGGGAGCCGUGAAGGAGCUGUGCAAGCUGACAGACAACCUGGAGACCCGCAUCGAUGAGCUGGAGAGGUGGAGUCACAAGCUGGCCAAGCUCAAGCGGCUGGACAGCAUGAAGUCAACCGUGAGCUCUGGGGCAUUCAGCCAAACAGGAAGCCAGUUCAGCCGUGCGGGAAGCAUGCCCCACAAAAAGAGGCCCCACAAAGUAGCUAGCAAGUCACCGUCGGUUGUCCCAGAACAGGCGUGCAUCAGCCAGCGCUUCCUGCAGGGCACCAUCAUUGCCCUGGUCAUCAUCAUGGCAUUCAGCGUGGUGUCCAUGUCCACACUCUACGUGCUGAGCUUGCGCAGUGAAGAGGACCUUGUGGAUAUCGAUGGGUCAAGCCAGAACUUUGAUAAAACGCAGAUGGUGCAAUCCACAGCUGCGUCAGACGGAGCCAGCGGCAGGACCCCCACGCACCAGGUCACAGAGGACACACAUGACUUAUUCUUCGGCUUACCUGGUCACAGCGUGCUAGUCUGCUUCAGCCCGCCGUGUUUCUCCACGUGCUGCUCUGCUCCUCCCACCAACGUCUCCUCUGUUGCCCUCUCUGAGACCAGCCCCACUCAUGCCACUAACCGGACAGACCAAAGUCAGACCUCACUCCUGCCAGUGACAAAUAUCAAAGCCAAAUCCAGGGGCAUCACCGGGAAAGCGACCUCCUACACCAAGUGGCCAAAGACACCUGACAGGUCUCAGAGCUUCAGCAGCCCCAAUGCCAGCCCCUCCUCCCCCUUCACCCACAUCCAGGGCAAAUCCAAGUACAUCUCCAACCUCUCGCUCUCCCGCAGCAACUCCCCGCUGGGGCAGGCCCGGCAGCAGCGCAGCAUCAAGCAGCCGGUGAGCGAGUGGCCCCGCACGGAGGAUCCCGGCACAGAUGGGCCAAGCCCAGUGCUGCACUCCAUCCGGAUCGUGGAGAUCAAUAUGGCCAUCCAGUCCCAGUACUGCGCAGCUGCUGACGCAUGCAGGGCUGGAAACUUCACCUACCGCAUCCCUGUCAACCAGCUCACAGCAGUGAACACCAACCUGACCCUGGAGAUGAACUCCUCCUCCGCUGUGUCCAUCUUCCUUUGUGGCCUUGUCUCCAGUGACCCCUGCCAGGAUGCCGCGAGCAGGAACAGCUCCACUGAUGGGACAGACGCACAGGAAACAACGCACCGUUGGCCUCUCGUGAUGAUGUCUUUCCGGGAGUUUACCUACCACUUCAGAGUAGCACAGCCUGGCCGAGCCAACUGCAGCACUGCUCCCGAGCAGAUGGGACACCUUUUCACUGACUAUUAUUUUCAGUUCUACUGGCUCUGUGAGUGAGUCCUGGCAGCACCAGUGCCCUCUGGUUGGAGAGAGGAGGGGGACUGGUGACACUGGGGAGACUCCUGUACACCCUCCUCCACUAGCCCCCAGCCCCACCUUACCCCCAUCUCCCGCAUGGGGCGUGGAGCUGGUUUGGUUGUGGCUGGUGACGCAGGCACUGAAGCACAGCACACGCAGAACAUAGGACCUAAGCCACAGGAACACAACCGGCCCUGUGGUACCUCCUGGGCUCACCUCACACUGACUCCCACCAUCCCACGCCGCCCCGACCAUCUCUCUCCUUCCCUUAUGGGGACGCUUGUGUCCUCCGUCGCUUCUCCCUGCCCUUGCAACACUGGAUUUGAAAGCAUUACACUGAACUGAACGUGGACAGGUCUGCCACAUCCCAGAGUGCGGAUGGGAGCUCCAUCCUGUACUGGCCCCGAGGUCUCAGAUGUGCCACAUCAGUUCUUCACAACACUGGAAUUGCUCGACACUGGAGCCCUUUCCAAGAGCGAAACGCUGGAGUUUGGCCUGGAAAGGAAGGCUGUGCCUGGACGUACUGGAAGUCGUACACUGGAGUUGCUGUUCCUUCUAGUUGGCCCAGGGCCAUCCCCCGCAGCCCCACUCCACAGACCCCCCCAGAGACCCCAGGACCCGCAAACGGACUGUCCUCUGUGGACAAGAGAAGGUGCAGCUUCAACAUUUACCCUGCCUGUCCCCCUCCUCGCUGUACUCUUUAACUUUCACUGUAUCCAGGUCUGGAUGGAUAAACUCAAGAACCCCACUAAAGAUGCUGCUGAGGCUGUGCCCAGGCCAAACCAUUUGUGGGGACACUUGCCAUCAACCCAUGGGAGAAAAAUUACCGUGAGUCACCUGCGUUAAGUGUCAUGGGACCUGUUUGUUUUUUUUCAUUUGGCAGCAGCUUGCGGCCUCUCACAGUGUGUGUGGAGCUGCCUGGUCAGCUCUCAAGUCAACGCGGCCACCUCUGCCCAGAUGUGCAGAAGUGAGACCACUGGCAAAGCCCGGUACGCCC